AGCCCACCAUUGGCGCGGAGCCUGGGCAGAUGCCGGGACCUGCCUCCCAACUCGAGCCCCCGCGCAGUGGUCCUGACCGUAACCGGAAUCGCAGGGAAUCGCCGCUGGAGAGGGGCUCGGCGCCCGGCAGGGACUGCAGCCAAUGGAGUUCUGCUGACAAAUCACAAGAAACGGCUGAUGACUGACUCAUCAAACGGAAAUGAGCGUGCCAUAGGACUAGGCAGUGAGCUGGGUCAACCCCCAGGGUGGCUCAUAUGAGGAUCCCCAGCUGGGCCUCCACUUCCCUCAGCUGCCAGGGUCCUGUCUCUCAGAGAAGCCGGGGGCAAGUUCUAGAUGGCCUCAGGAUGCCAGGGAAGCUGGCACGCCAGGAAAUCUGUCCAGUGCCCAUCCGUGGAGAAGGCCGUAAUUGCCUCAAGUGAACAACCAGUGACACUGGGACCAGGAGAUGGGCAAUGACUCAAGAUGCAGCCAGGAGCCACAACAUGCACAGAAGACCGCAUCCGGCAUGCUCUGGAGCGCUGCUUGCACGGGCUCAGCCUCAACCGCCGUUCCACCUCCUGGUCAGCUGGGCUAUGUCUGAACUGCUGGAGCCUACAGGAGCUGGUCAGCAGGGAUCCAGGCCAUUUCCUUAUCCUCCUGGAACAGAUCCUGCAGAAAACCCGAGAGGUCCAAGAGCAGGGUACCUAUGACCUCCUCGCCCCGCUGGCCCUACUCUUCUACUCCACUGUCCUCUGUACUCCACACUUCCCACCAGACUCAGAUCUCCUUCUGAAAGCAGCCAGAACCUACCACCGAUUCCUGACCUGGCCUGUUCCCUACUGCAGCAUCUGCCAGGAACUGCUCACCUUCAUCGAUGCUGAACUCAAGGCCCCAGGAAUCUCCUACCAGAGACUGGUGAGGGCUGAGCAGGGCCUGCCCGUUAGGAGUCACCGAAGCUCCACUGUCACUGUACUAUUGCUGAACCCAGUGGAAGUGCAGGCUGAGUUCCUCACCGUAGCCAACAAGCUGAGCACGCCCGGGCACACGCCCCACAGCGCCUACAUCACCCUGCUCCUGCACGCCUUCCAGGCCACCUUUGGGACCAACUGUGACCUCCCAGGUCUGCACCGUAGGCUACAGUCCAAGACCCUGGCAGAGCUUGAGGACAUUUUCACGGAGACUGCAGAGGCACAGGAGCUGGCUUCUGGCAUCGGGGAUGCAGCCGAGGCCCGGCAGUGGCUAAGGACCAAGCUGCAGGCAGUGGGAGAGAAAGCUGGCUUCCGUGGUGUCUUAGACACUGCAAAACCCGGCAAGCUCCACACCAUCCCCAUUCCUGUCGCCAGGUGCUAUACUUACGACUGGAACCAGGACAGCUUUGACAUCUUGCAGGAAAUCCUGCUCAAGGAACAGGAGCUGCUCCAGCCAGGGAUCCUGGGGGACGAUGAGGAAGAGGAAGAGGAGGAGGAAGAGGACUUGGAAACAGAUGGGCAUUGUGCCAAGAGGGACUCGCUGCUUUCCACCAGCUCAGAGGCCUUCCACGACUCCUCCCUGUCCCUUGCCUCAUCUCAGGCCUCCGGGGCCACCCUCUCCCGCCAGUUGCUGACCUCCUUUGUCUCGGGCCUCUCGGAUGGCAUGGACAGUGGCUACAUGGAAGACAGUGAGGAGAGCUCCUCAGAGUGGCCCAAGAGGCCUGGUAGUCGAGAACGCCGGGGCUGCCGCAGGCCUGGGCAGAAGUUUAACAGGAUCUAUAAACUCUUCAAGAGCACCAGCCAGCUGGUAAUGCGGAGGGACUCUCGGGGCCUGGAAGGCAGCUCGGACACAGCCCUGCCCCUGAGGCGGGCUGGGAGCCUAUGCAGCCCGCUGGACACCCCAGCACUGCCCCCUGCCCGAGCCCAGCGCUCCCUCUCCCUGCCCCAGCCCAAGCUCAACGCCCAGCUGCCCAGCUGGCUCCUGGCCCCUGCCUCUCGCCAUCAGCGCCGCCGCCCCUUCCUGAGUGGGGACGAGGACCCCAAGGCUUCCACACUACGUGUUGUGGUCUUCGGCUCCGAUCGGAUUUCGGGGAAGGUGGCUCGGGCGUACAGCAACCUGCGGCGGCUGGAGAACAACCGCCCGCUCCUCACACGGUUCUUCAAGCUUCAGUUCUUCUAUGUUCCUGUGAAGCGAAGCCAGGGGACCAGCUCUAACGCCUGCCCAACCCCUCGGAGCCAAACACCCCCACCUCCCACAGACUCCCCAAAGCACCCCAGCUCUGCAGAGCUGGGCACGGCCCCAUGGGAGGAGAGUACCAAUGACAUUUCCUACUACCUCGGCAUGCUCGACCCCUGGUAUGAGCGCAACGUGCUGGGCCUCAUGCACCUGCCCCCUGAAGUCCUGUGCCAGCAGUCCCUGAAGGCUGACUCCCGGCCCCUGGAGGGCUCCCUCACCCAGCUGCCCAUCCUGGCCGACAUGCUGCUCUAUUACUGCCGCUUCGCUGCACGGCCGGUGCUGCUGCAGGUCUAUCAGACAGAGCUGACUUUUAUUACCGGGGAGAAGACGACAGAGAUCUUCAUUCAUUCCCUGGAACUUGGUCACUCUGCUGCCACUCGUGCCAUCAAGGCUUCAGGUCCCGGCAGCAAGAGGCUGGGCAUUGAUGGGGACCGGGAGGCCGUCCCUUUAACACUACAGAUAAUUUACAGCAAGGGGGCCAUCAGUGGACGAAGUCGCUGGAGUAACAUUGAGAAGGUCUGUACCUCCAUCAACCUCAACAAAGCCUGCCGGAGACAGGAGGAGCUAGAUGCCAGUGUGGAGGCCCUGACGCUAAACCUGACAGAAGUGGUGAAAAGGCAAAACCCCAAAUCCAAGAAGGGCUUUAACCAGAUCAGCACAUCGCAGAUCAAAGUGGACAAGGUACAGAUUAUUGGAUCCAACAGCUGCCCCUUUGCCGUGUGUCUGGACCAGGAUGAGAGGAAAAUCCUGCAGAGUGUGAUCAGGUGUGAGGUCUCACCUUGCUACAAGCCAGAGAAGAGCACUCUCUGUACCCAACCGCAGAGGUCCCCCGACCCAGCCGUCCAGGCUGCACCCGACCUCUGCUCCCUCCUCUGCCUGCCCAUCAUGACUUUCAGUGGAGCGCUACCUUAGCGAGACCCUGCACCAGCCUGGACAGAAAGCCCUGAAGCAGUUUCUUCUGAGCCCCUCUCCGAACAGUCGGCUGUGAGGGUCUCACUCUUCGUGGAGAAGCAAAUGGCCUUGUGCUGGGUCAGGGUCUUGCUGUGGGCCCUGCACUGGGCAGGGGGCAAGGGGCUGAUUGUUUCUGGGGCCUUGGGGCUCUGUUUGGGACAGAAACAGGCAUUAAGGAGAACGGGCCUGGUCACACACCCCUCAGAUUCCUUGAAGUAGAAAGGGGAGCUGACCUCCAAAGGCCCUGGGCACUACCGUGGUCUAGGAUCCUUUCUAGAAUGGAUCCUUUCUAAAUAUGUAAGGCUCUUGUGGUCUGGGUUAUGGUCUAGGCCUCUUUUCCCAAUCUGUGGCCAGGCCCACCCCUUCCUUUGUCAAAGACUUGGGGAACCCUUUGGGUCUGGAAUUCAGUCUCCUCUACUCUAGAAACAUGAGCGAGACUUUGCUGACCUUCAGUACCACCCCCAAACUCCCUCUCUCUCUCACUCACACACACACACACACACACACACACACACGCGCGCGCGCGCGUGCGCGCGCGCGCAUUUUUUCUCUCAGGUUCCCUGGGUCUUCUGAAAAACAGCACUAACUCUUUACUUGUCUACUCUCAGGACCCGAUACAGAUUCUCUCUGGAGCCCCAUUCUGGAUCCGAGGUCCUUGGGAGAUAGGACAGGCUUAGAUUCAGCUGUGACCGAACGACCAGAAGGAAGUUAAUUAGCUUCUUCGAGCCUCCCUUUCCUCAGCACUAAACUGGGGGGAAAUAAGUCCUCCUUAAAGGGUUGAAAAGGGAUUUCAAAGUGCCUGGCCCCCUGGCUGGCUCACAGCUGGUGCUCAGUAAAGAUCAACAGUCUUGCUCUCUAAACGUUGACUCCCCUGUCUGGUACUAGGGUGCCAGAGCUCUCAUGACCUCUGGGAGGCUCUUCAUUCACUGUUUUCUAAUUUAUCAAGACUAAGGGGGUGAGGAGUGCUCAGAUGUAUCCUAUGGAGGAGGAAUUGCCUGUGUCAGCGUGAGAGGAGGGUUGCACAGGUGCUCCAGCCUUCACCUCCUUUUCUCCCAGUUUGGCCCUUAUGCCCCCCACUUCCAUAUCACUCCUUGGGCUCCCCAGAGGAAUAGAGGAUGGAGUGCCUGGCCUCGCAGAGCUUAGAACCUGAUUAGGGGAAAAUGGGUGAUAGAACAUGAGAGCAAAAAAUGUAAAACUGCCUGGUUAGAGUGCUUUGAGAAGUUUGAAGUUAAUAUGGGCUAGGGUGAUAGGGUGGAGAGCAGGGCUUGGGGCCAGGAUUUGAACUGGUAGGGGUGGGGAAAGGAACCAUGGGAGCAGACAGUUGGAUCCCAUACAGAGACCCUCCUCCCUCUCCUUCUGCUUCAUCCUGCUCCAAAGGUUCUGGGCGUAUCUAGCCCAUGAAACCCCAGCCAAGAGAGCUCACACUUGAGAGAAAUAGACAAAGCCAGCUCCUACCCAGUAUUGACAUUCCUCCCCCGUCCUGGCCAGGGUCCAGAGAAUGAUCAGACAUAUACCUUCAAUAUUUUCUAUGUGUGAGCAGAUUGCCUACUACAUGACCAAUGGGUAUCCAAGAACAAGUAAAUGGAAUUUAAUAUUAUUGUCAAAUAAAACUUAUUAGUCUUGUAUUU